AUGGUAUCCGAAUCGGAACUCAUCGACCGCCUCCGCCAGUUCCUCGGUAGCUCCGACCUUAACACUACCACAACCUCCACCGUCCGCCGUCAGUUAGAGAGCGAUUUCGGAAUCGAUUUGUCUGAUCGAAAAGCGUUCGUUAGAGAACAAGUAGACUCGUUCCUUCAAAGCGUUAACCAACAUCAAGAAGAAGAUGAACCGCAAAACGACGACGCUGUUGAAGAUGCGGGUAAACCAGAACCAAACCAAGGUUCUGGUUCGAAGGAAGAAACCGAAGAAGAAGGUGGUGAUAAUGAGGAAAAGGAAGAGGCGGAAGAAAAACCUAAGCGAACCAGAAGUGUGAAGAAGAAGAAGAAGAAGACCAAGAGUAAAAAACGAUCUAACAAGUCAGGUGAUGAGGUAGUAAAGAAAAAAGGUGGCGGUGGUUUGAAUAAAACUUGUAGCCUGUCUCCACAACUUCAGGAAGUCACUGGAGCACCAGAGAUGGCUAGGACUGAGGUUGUUAAGCAAUUGUGGGCCUAUAUUAGGGAGAAAAAUUUGCAAGACCCGGCCAAUAGGCGAAAUAUCAAUUGUGAUGGACCACUGCGUGCUCUUUUUGGUGUCGAUUCCAUCAAUAUGCUCCAAAUGAAUAAAGUAUUGUCAAAGCAUAUCUGGCCACUGGACUCGGAUGAUGUUAUCCAGGUGAAGUCGACGCCAAAGGAAAAGCAGAAGAAGAAAAAGAGAGAAGAUGAUGAUUCAAAUGAGCCGAAAGGAAAGGAAAAACGGCAGAAGGGAGGAUCUGGAAAAGGUUUGCUGGUUCCACUUCAACUAUCUGAUGCCCUUGCGAAGUUCCUUGGAGAAAGUGAACUAUCAAGAUCUGAAGUCAUUAAAAGAAUGUGGGAUUAUAUAAAAGGAAACAACCUUCAGGAUCCUUCUAACAAGAGGCAAAUAAUAUGCGACGAAAAGUUGAAAGAACUCUUUGGUGUUGACUCCUUCAAUGGCUUCACCGUUACAAAACUUUUGGUGCCUCAUUUCAUAAAGACAUAG